AUCCCACCGGUAAAACCGGUAUAUCAUAAAAAUUCCUCGAGUUCGCAGAAGCCAUUCGAGAAUGGAGACCCGACACCGCUGCUCCAUGCUGUUGCUGCUGCUGCAGACGCUCAGAGCGUCUGCCAGCGAGCGCAUCGUGCUCUCCCAUACAGGCAACGUCAGUGUUCUCUCCUCGGGGCAGACGUUAGUGCCGCUGGAGCUCUCGUCCGCUGCGCUCACGGACCUUUUGAUGAAAUCGCAGGACCUCUCGCCUGUCACUUUGGACUCAUAUGUGUCUGGGGGCGAGUGGAAGCUUAAUAACUGGAGCGCACCGGUCUCACAGAUGCUGUCAAAAGACGGAGGCGCCAAUCACACGGUGCAGGUGGACGUACACUUCUCAGACGGGCUAGACGUGGCUGUCUCGCAGCUACUAGUACAGGCAGACCCCACGCCGCUGGAGAGCGUGGACCUGUCGCUUUCUUUUGGCAACGACGCACUGGCGGAACUCUCGGGACUUGUGCAGGUUCAUGUGGACGGCGUGAAGGCGACGUUCGAGGACCAGUGGCUACCCGCGGGUGUGGAUCUGAACCAAUUGUAAGUUAUGAGGGAGGAAGGGCGAUACAGGAUAGGAUACUUAUAUUUUUGUUGCUCUACUUGUUAUGACUGCAGGAUGAUCGAUGGCUCUACUGUAGAGAGUUUAGAGCUGGGAGCCUCGGGGACGAUCCAGCAGGUUGUGAUCCGGAAGAGUAACCUGUCGUUCCCGACUGCGGUGCUGGGGGCUGGCGUGACAACGAUUAUAUUGGAGUACAACACGAUUUCUGGGCCGAUUGAGUUGACGAAGGACGAGUACAAGCAGCUAACAAACAUCUCGGACUUCAGAGCCACAGGGAACACUGUGGAAUCGACUGGCAGUGGAUCAUCGUCGUGUAUAAAGGAAGAAACUGUCGGCGAGCUGGCAAUUUGCAUCGUGGACGACGUGCAGAACACGAAUACGUCUUAUUACACUGGAAGCCCAGGCAGCGCCGACAACACGCAAGCUACCGGAUCUCUUGAAACACAGUCAGCCAGCGACACCAGCAGUUCUCGCAGCACGCUAUCGAUUACCGCGAUUGCACUGGCCUGCGCGUGCACGGUGGUGAUAGUAGUGGUGCUUUCCUUCUUCCGUCGGUUUAAGAGGAAGGCGAGCAAAUUCGUCGAUGAACGACUGACGUUCACCAAUCGCGAGGACGACUUACUUGGAGGCGGUCGCAGGAGUGAGCCUGAGUUAGAGCAUGGUCCAUCGAGAGACUCGAAGAUUCUGGCAGAUAUGGAUCUCGGAAAGGACCAGGUUAUACUUCACAAGAAGUUAGGCAUUCAAGGUCUGUGGCUGGGCGAGUAUCAGGACACGAAGGUUGUUGCGCUCAAGUUUGUGCCUCGAGAGCUGAAUAUGGUGUUGGAGGAACUAAACGCUGUUAGACUAUCGUAUGCCCCACUUCGACACGAUAACAUCGUGACCUUCUUGGGAUCCAGUUGGACAGAUCGCGAAGAGGUUCUUAUCGUCGUGGAGCACAUGUCCAAGGGCAGUCUCAGAUCGGUACUAGCGGAUAACAAGGUCGAGCUGACAUGGCCUCAACGGCUUCAGAUGUGCAAGGAUAUCUGCAGUGGAUUGGACUUCAUUCGCUCCAUCCAAGGAAGCAUGUUGUCGCGGAAUCUGACGGCUAGAAGUGUGCUCCUUGACGCUCAGCUUACUUGUAAGCUGGACAUCUUCGACUAUGCCUCGAGUCUUCGAACGGAUUUGGUACCUGUGAGGUCAUUCGGACACGGAGAUAUCGCUAGUCGGGCACCUGAACUACUCAAGGGCGAGGAGAUCACAGCAGCAGCUGAGGUGUACGCGCUUGGUGUUAUUUUCUGCGAGAUUUCGUCGCGCAGCAAGCUGUUUGAACACGUAUCGGAGGAACGUGGCCAUACCAUGGCUGAUAUUUUUAUUGCCACUGAGGUGGUUGCCCAGCGCCUGAAGCCAUCGCUCGCAGAGGACUCUCCUGCUGCCUUCCGCGAGUUAACAUUGCGUUGUCUGUCGUACAUGCCGUCCGAACGACCGAAGAUCGGCGAGAUCUUGAGCAUGAUUUCCAAGUAAAAUAUAAAACAUGCUACUCCUUCUUGAUGUCACCCCAAGGAAUUUGAUGAAGACGCUCCGCUAGCUGUUGAUAGGGCAGCGUACGUUGCGCCGUGGUCAUGGCAGCUCGACCGCUGGAACUGGGAAGAACCCACACUUCGCUAUCUGCACGAAGCUCGCGUGGCCAUCCUGGAGGGAAUCUCGUUUGCUUACCGUAGUUCUCGAUCUUGGACAAAGGUGGUGAGAACAACCAGCUGAACUGCCGCUUGCCGGAGAACGCGAUCAAUAUCGGGGCGUGUGGAAGCGUGCACUCGGUCUGUUGAGCUUCUUCACCUUCAUCUUCCUGUUUCACGAUGGCAUCGUGGUCAUUCAGACAAACUUGUGCAGCAUGGCGACGUAGCCGUUGGAAGAAACUAUCUCGCCAUGCUUCCACUAACGAUACGGAUGAAUAAAAGCACAAGGGUUAGCACACGCUGAUGAAUGAAGUAAAAGGACUUUCAUACUUGUUGCCUUGCCGUAUUUUGAAGCAUCAUUGCCAGGCUGAUCACGGCAAUUAAUAGCGUUAGGUUAUAUGCAUCGCAACUUUAGAUGUCAAUCAUUACCACUAGUCCGAUCGACGUGAAGCCAACACCAUGGACAGUAGGCAAGAUGUUUUGUUCCAUGAUACUCGCCGUUGAAGGCACAACGCCCUCCCACGAGUGUGGCGACAGUGUCCCAGUCAAUAACAUCCACAUGCGGUUCGUUGGGUUACUGCAAGUCGACAGUAAGUGUGGAUACUGGUUCAGCUACAGGCUACUAGCCACUCACCUGUAGGAAUACCCAGUCUUCCAUGCAUGGUCUGAGGGAUUAUGACCUACAAUAAGUAAGCGAAGACGACGAUCUGGGUAGUGAACACAAGGCAGAGCCUGUUCAAAGCAGUCGUCGCAAAUGGCAUGCCAGCGUUCCUGCCACUUGCCGCUCGCUUGAGCUUCUUUCUCGCUCUCUGGCUCCUUGUGUCUGUUCUUGGUUCUCUUCGCAAAAACGUCCGCAACAGACUCCGCAGUAUCGUUGCAAUUGUCCUCAACGCAUGGAAUAGCGUCUACCGUAUCUUCGUCACGCUCGCGCUUGGCGCCGAACCGGAAUCUGUCGAAGAUCCCUGCCAUAGUUAUGAAGUGUAUCUUAUUGUGCUAUCUUCUAUAACAUAGUACUUCAGUUGUUAUAAAG